UGCGGACCGGGAUAGCGCGGGCGCCCAAGAGGCCGGGGAGGAAUGGAGACCGGAGGGGGCGGAGAGGGAGUCGGGGACAUUUGCUGUCUGUCCUACAACCAGGACUGCACGUCCCUGGCUAUUGGCAUGAGGUCUGGCUACAAACUCUACUCUCUAAGCAACGUUGAGCGGCUGGAUCUGGUGCACGAGAGCUGUGAGGUGAAGGAUGUUUACAUCGUGGAGCGCCUUUUCUCCAGCAGUCUGGUGGUAGUGGUGAGUCACACCAAACCACGCCAGAUGAAUGUGCUCCACUUCAAGAAGGGCACAGAGAUCUGUAACUAUAACUACUCUGGCAACAUCUUAUCCAUCAGGCUGAACCGUCAAAGACUGGUAGUGUGUUUGGAAGAAUCAAUCUACAUCCAUAAUAUUAAGGACAUGAAACUGCUACAGACGUUGCUAGACACCCCAAGGAACCCCCACGGCCUCUGUGCUCUGUCUAUAAACCAUUCCAACUCCUACUUGGCCUAUCCCAGUAGCUCCUCCUCAGGAGAAGUCUCCUUGUAUGAUGCCAACUCCUUGAAAUGUGAGUGCACUAUCCCAGCCCAUGACAGCCCGCUUGCUGCUAUUGCCUUCAACUCUACGGGAACAAAACUGGCUAGUGCUUCAGAGAAAGGUACAGUGAUUCGCGUCUUUUCCAUUCCUGAAGGGCAGAAGCUUUAUGAGUUCCGCAGAGGAAUGAAGAGAUAUGUAAACAUUAGCUCUUUGGUAUUCAGUAUGGAUUCCCAGUUCCUUUGUGCCUCCAGCAACACAGAGACUGUCCAUGUCUUCAAACUAGAACAACUGCCGGAGAGGCCAGAGGAGAAUGCCUCCUGGACGGGCUAUGUGGGAAAGAUGUUUAUGGCUGCUUCAAACUACCUCCCGACACAAGUAUCUGACAUGAUGAACCAGGAUCGCGCCUUUGCCACAGUCCGGCUACAUUUUUCAGGGCAGAAGAACGCGUGCACCUUGGUCACAAUUCAGAAGCUGCCUCGGCUCUUGGUGACCUCCUCCAGCGGCCAUCUUUAUGUGUAUAACCUGGAUCCCCAGGAUGGGGGCGAGUGCGUUCUUAUCAAAAAACACAGCCUGUUGGGUUCAGCAAAGUCAGAGACAGAUGGAGACAGCGAUGCAGACGGCCCUGUACCUGUUUCCUAUGCUGCCACUGUUGCCAGGCCCGGCUCUGCUGCUGCUGCAUCCACCAUAACAGGUUACUCUGAAGACGGGGGCGCCCUGCGAGGUGAGAUUAUUCCGGAACAUGAACUGGCGGUGGGACCUAUUUGCCUGGACGACGAGAAAGAAUUCCCACCUGUGAGCAUUAAGAACUCCUAAACCCAUAGCAGAUCUGGGCUAAUGGCUCAGAAGGGAAACCAAGUGCUUUAAAUUCUAAGGGACAAUCAGCCCAGUUGCUGAGGUUUGGUGACUGCUGUUCGUGUGGUUUUAUUCCAUCUGUUUCUGCCAGUUAUGGCUGAAGGUAUUAGUUGUCCUAACAGCAGCCAUAUUGGCUUUAGGCUGGAAUAAUAUCACAGAGCAGUGAUGUAAUAUUAGGUGCCUUGCGGAUGUUUAUUUCAAACAGUGUUACACCUGGAGGAAGUAGCGCAGAGAAUAAGCACAAAGUAGUUCCAUCUUUUUAUUAUCGUUUAUAGUACUCAUCACAGCAGCCAUUUUUAAUGGAUUUAUAUGUGGCAACUAAUCCUUUUUACACAGAAUGAGCUUUAUAGAAACUGCGCACCCAGGUGGCAGAGUUAUUUUCCUUAAAUCACCUUUUUAUAAAUAAUAUGCAUGCUGCCAUUUUGAAUUAUAUUUUUUAGGCCAGACCACAGGUCUUUUCAUUUUUUAAGUGUGUGUGUGUGUGUGUGUGUGUGUGUGUGUGUGUGUGUGUGUGUGUGUGUGUGUGUGUGUGUGUGUGUGUGUGUGUGUGUGUGUGUGUGUGUGUAUAUAUAUAUAUAUAUAUAUAUAUAUAUAUAUAAUAAUAUAAUAUAAUUUGCAACACAGAAGGGUAGGACCGGAACUAUUUCUAGGUUCUGCUCCUUGGCACCAAUACCUGUCCAUAUGAUUUUUGCAGCUAUGAGUGCAAUGCCUUGUUACCCCUAACGCUUCCCUGUGCCCAGUCGCAUUUAUAACACACCCUGCCAGCCGCCCCGGAGAGUAAGCUGCUGUGUUUUGGUUUCUGAUUUUUGUUAGAUAAGUUUGUGCCGCGGAAGUCAGAAGGUGAGAGAUGGACGGCCGUGACCAGAAGCAGGAGGGGGUUUGGGACAGAGGUUGGAAGAUCGGCUCGUCUAACACAAAACAAACAGUCCCUAAAUUCAGUAGGUGCUACAUUCUAUGUAUUGUUACCCCAACAUGGCUGCACCCCCAUAGACAGCCUUGUACUUCCUUUUUAUUUAGCCAAGGAAGGGUGUGCUAUAAAUGGGACUGUAUUGCGCAUACGGAUGCGUCACCAUUCAGACUCACUCAUAGAAUUUUUUAUUUAUCCUUUUUUUAUAUAAAGUGGUAUUUGCCUAAUUUAUGCAAAUUUUAUUUAUACAAAUGUCCGUGUGUCGAAAGCUCAGAAUAUCUAAUUUUAUGUAUUAUUCCUGUCCAUAGAGCAAUUUAUUCACAUUGUACCCUGCAAGUUACUUAUGUGCAGAACAAAACUAAAAACAUGUAGAUGAAGAAUAAAACCCUGCAAUGAA